AGUUUUCCGGAAGUUGCCGACGGCUGCCGGGCGUCCGUCUUCUCGGACUGAGAGCGGCUUGGUUCGCCAUGUUGGUUUGUGUGUAAAAAAUCGCUUGCAUCCAUCCUAAAGCCUGACUCUUUCACUCUAAGGACGAGCCCUGCUGCUAGUUCACACUCUGGGCCAGCUACCAAUGCUAUUAUUUUUGUGAUUUGCAGGUAAACUCACGUGGGAAACGUCCUUCUGAGGGAGGACACCCUGAGGUACAUCUCUCUGUCUCUAUACAACAAAAUCCGCCUGGUUUUUCUUUUUUUUUGUCUUCUUCAGCCUGAAAUGAGCUUACCACAGAAAGCCAAACCACAGCCUGUAAUAAGAGGACUACAACAGCCUGCUUCAAUUGCCAGAGGACCUGUACAGCAGACUAUUGAAGAUCGUAUCUACCCUCCUCAAGCAGCAGUAGCCACGGUCCAGUAUACAGUCCCACAGGUGCCCAGACAGGCAGGACCUGCUGCUUACACAACACACGAAAUAAACAAAGGUCAUCCAAAUCUCCCUGCAACGCCGCCAGGCCAUGCCUCUUCACCAGGCCUCUCACAGGCAGCCUUCCAGUCUGGCCAGAAUGCAGCUCCACCUCCUCUUGUGUACUCCCAAAAUCCACAGACAAUGACUACGCAACCACAGGCAAGACAGUUUUUUCAAAGACCGCCAAUGCAACCUACUAGACCUAACAUACAGAAUAAUAAUCCUUCCAUGCGUCCAGGGACACAGACUGCAACAGCUGCAGUCUAUCCGCCCAGCCAAGGACCUAUAAUAAUGAUGAAUCCACCUGUGCCAUAUCCCCAAGCCCCUCAGGCUCCAUAUUACAUUGCAAAUCCGUUCCGCCCCAGUGCGACUCCGUAUAUGGGGCCACCACAGCAGUAUCCUGUUCAGCCGCCUCCUGGUACAUUCUAUUCUGGACCAGGUCCUGGUGAUUUCACUACUUAUGCCUCAGAAACAAGGCGCAGAGGGUGGCCCCAAUCAGGAGUUCAGCCACUGUGUGCACCAUCCUAUUACAGUCAACCUGUGUAUUCGCCGACUGCACCUUUGAUAGUGCCUACACAACAACAACCACCUCCAACAAAGAGGGAAAAGAAAACGAUUAGAAUCCGUGAUCCAAAUCAAGGAGGCAAAGACAUCACUGAAGAAAUAAUGUCGGGUGGAGGUGGAAGCAGAAACCCUACACCACCUGUUGUGAGGCCGAAUACCACUCCCACUCCACCUCAGCAGCUGCCCAGUCAGGUUGCAGAUCACCCUCCAGUUUUUGGAACUGUGGAAAAUGCACACAUGACACAAAACGUGGACUUCAAGCAAGUGGAGCGAACUGAAGCUGCUAUUACAAAACUGAAACCAGAAGAAAAACCAAUGCCGGAACCACCAGUGAAAAGUUCUACCCCAGAUGUUAGAUCGGAAAUAGUUGAAGAAAAGAAAGAGAUUGAUGGAGAACCACCUGAUCCAGUUCCUUUACAGGUGGCAGAAGAGGAGGAGGUGGAGGUGGAGGUGGAAGAGGAGGAGGAGGUGGAGGAGGAGGAGGAAGAAGAGGAGGAGGAGGAGGAGGAAGUAGUAGAAGGGGAGGAGCCAGAAGAAGAGGGAGCUUUGGUGGAAAAUGUUUCCAGUAAUGCUAUUUUCCCAACGAUGGAUUGUGCUGACGAAUCUGAAACAUCCAAUUCCAAUGAGGAGAAGAAACUUACAUUGACUGUACAUUUGCACAAAGAAGCAGAAGAUGAUAAACAAAAAGAGGAGGAUAUCGAAGAUCUACCUGAAGAAACAAUUGUUGCUCAAUUUGAUGAAACCACGGUACCUUGUACUAUUAUCACGACUACAGAAGUGAAUGGCAUUGCCGGACAGGAAAUAACACCAAGCACUCUAGAAAGUGUUUCACCAGAUUUUUCAUUGCCGGCUAAUGUAGAGAUUGAAGAUAAUCUUAGGACAGAAACGGAGGCAGAGAUUACACUUUCUCCCGUAGUUUUAUCAACCAAUCUGGAGGUUGCAGCAGAGGAAGAGGACAGUGAGGAAGCUCCUAUCAAUGAUGACAAAGAUGAAGAUGUGGAAAGCAAGGAAUCUGUGGAAGUUGAGGAGAAAGAGGUAGAGGAAAAUGAAUCACAACAACUAAACUCCCAAAAAAGCCCUGAGAUUGUGCAUGUCCAGAUGCCUAUUACUGCACCAAAGAUGCAGAAGAAUCCAAAAGAGUGGAACAAACCUGAUGAGGAUUUGUUAGAGAUCAGUGAAGAGCCUAAACUUGAAGAGCUUGCAGUUGAAACUGAACCAGAAGCGGAACAAGAUAAGGCAGUUCCAGAUGCAAAUCUAGAUAAAGACUUGAACAUUAAAAGUCAUGCAGAUGUGGAAGAAAAUGGGAACCAGGAGACAGAACCUGAACAGAAUGGUUCGGAGACUGUUUCUGAAAGUGAGAGCACAGAGACCAGCACCAAAGAAAGCCCUGAUGAGAGCUUGGUGAGCGGCUUAAAAGAAGAGCAGUGGAAAUUGAUCAAUCCAGAAGGAAAGAAGCGAUAUGACCGUGAAUUUCUCCUUGGUUUCCAGUUCAUAGCGGCUAGUACACUGAAGCCAGAUGGACUGCCAGCGAUCAGCGAUGUUGUUCUUGAUAAGAUUACCCAGACGAAACAAAUAUCAAGGCCUAUAGACCCCGCAAGAAUACUAUCCCGGGGCCCGGAUUUCACACCAUCAUAUGCAGAUUUUGGAAGGCAGCCACAAAGUGGACGAGUAGCAGCUGUGCUAAAUGUUGGUCCAAGAAGAUCACAACAUGGGCAACGAAGAGAACCAAGGAAAAUCAUUGCACAAAUAUCUACACAUGAUGACAUCCAGUUGAAGAAGUCAGAGAAUGCAUGGAAGCCCACAUUAAAACGAGAAGAAGUUUCUGAUGCCUCUGACUUGCAAAAAACACAGGAUCUGUUCCGACGAGUGAGAAGCAUCCUAAACAAGCUUACGCCACAAAUGUUUCAACAGUUGAUGAAACAAGUUCAGGAACUGACAAUAGAUACAGAGGAGAGGCUGAAAGGGGUUAUUGACCUAGUAUUUGAGAAAGCAAUUGAUGAGCCUAAUUUCUCUGUAGCGUAUGCCAACAUGUGUCGGUGCCUCACAAUGCUGAAGGUUCCAAUGUCCGAUAAACCAGGUGCCUCCGUGAAUUUUCGCAAGCUACUCUUAAAUCGCUGUCAGAAAGAAUUUGAAAAGGACAAAGCAGACGAUGUUGUCAAUGAGAAGAGACAGAAAGAGAUUGAUGCUACUGCUAAAACAGAAGAGAAGUCCAGGCUUCAGGAUGAGCUGGAAGAAUCCAAGGACAAGGCUCGUAGAAGGUCCAUUGGAAACAUUAAAUUUAUUGGUGAACUGUUCAAACUUAAAAUGUUAACAGAAGCCAUCAUGCACGAUUGUGUUGUGAAACUACUAAAAAACCACGAUGAAGAGUCAUUAGAAUGUUUAUGUAGGUUAUUAACCACAAUUGGCAAGGACCUCGACUUUGAGAAGGCAAAGCCUCGCAUGGACCAAUAUUUCAACCAAAUGGAAAAGAUAGUGAAAGAAAGGAAAAUGUCUUCCAGGAUACGUUUCAUGCUCCAAGAUAUAAUAGAUGUUCGAAUGAAAAACUGGGUGUCACGUAGGGUCGAACAGGGGCCAAAGACCCUUGAACAGAUUCAUAAAGAAGCUCAAAUUGAAGAACAGCAGCAGCAACUGAAGGUUCAUCAGCAGUUAUUGUCCAAACAAGAUAAGAGACGACCAGGUGGUGGUGGUCGACCCUCAGAAGAAGCUUGGAACACUGUUCCAGUAACGAAGAGCAGCAGAACAAUAGAUCCCAGCAAAUUCCCCAAGAUCACAAAACCUGCCACAGAUGAUAAAAUACAGUUGGGUCCAGGUUGCCGAUUAGGCAGCUGGGGUAAAGGCAGCAGUGGAGGAGUGAAAACUAUUGAAACUGAUUCGCCGCGAACAACAAGUUUAAAUCGAUUUUCUGUGCUACAGCAGUCAACCCCGUCUUCUGAAUCGGAUAUACGCAGGAUAGCACCCAGUCGAAGCAGUACGGGAAGAGAAAAGAAUGAUAAACCAAGUCGGCCAGCCAUUACACGGGGGAGCAGUAAUAAGGAGCUCCUUGAUGAUCGGACGCGAGAAGAAGAGAGAAGGGAAGUCCUUGAAAUUGUGCAGCAAGCCACAAAUACGUCUGAGGAGAAGAGUGCAGAGGGAGAUAGGAAUCGUCCCAAGGAAAAUGUGAAAUCUGAAGUUCCUUCUGCUGAGGCUUCCCUCAAAACUGUUGAGGCUGAGGAGACGAUGGAGAAAAAAUCAAAAUCCAUUAUUGAUGAGUUUUUACACAUUAAUGAUUAUAAGGAAGCGCUCCAGUGUGUGGAUGAAUUGAAUUCACUGAGCCUACUCCAUGUCUUUGUAAGAGUAGGUGUAGAAUCAACGUUAGAGAGAAGUCAAAUAACAAGGGAACACAUGGGUCAGCUUUUCUUUCAACUGAUACAGUCUGAAAAACUACCCAAGGAUGAAUUCUUCAAGGGGUUUUUAGAACUCUUGGAAUUGGCAGAGGAUAUGGCCAUUGAUAUACCACAUAUAUGGCUGUACCUGGGUGAACUUGUGACUCCCAUGUUACAAGAAGGAGGAAUCUCUAUGAGAGAAUUAUUUACAGAACUUAGUAAACCUUUACUUCCUGUAGGGAGAGCAGGGGUUCUGCUUGCAGAAAUUUUGCACCUUCUAUGCAAACAAAUGAGCCAUAAGAAAGUCGGGGCCCAAUGGAAAGAGGCUGGCCUAAAUUGGAAAGAUUUUCUAACUGAAGGAGAUGAUGUUCAAAACUUCAUUAGUGAUAAAAAAUUGGAGUUUACCAUAUCAGAUGUUUCUGGUCCUACUGAAGCACUUUCAAAAAUGGAGCUCUCUGCCGAAGAACUGAACAAGUGGCUAGAAAAACUUAUAAUCGAAGACAAAGCCAGCAAUGAGCAAAUCUUUGAUUGGGUAGAAGCUCAUUUAGAUGAAUCACAGAUUGGUUCAUCGUCAUUCCUUAGAGCUUUGAUGACAACAGUAUGUAGAUCAUCUAUUACAGGAGAAGGACCUCCAAGUCGUGUAGAUGCAAACAUUAUACAGCAAAGAUUGCGAUUAUUACUCAAAUACCUUAAUUCAGAUCCUGAGAGAGAAUUACAAGCACUUUAUGCACUACAAGCAUUAAUAGUAAAACUUGAUCAACCUCCUAAUUUGUUAAGGAUGUUCUUUGACACUUUGUACGAUGAGGAUGUUAUAUCUGAAGAUGCAUUCUACAAAUGGGAAUGUAGCAAAGACCCAGCAGAACAGAGUGGCAAGGGGGUAGCGCUAAAAUCUGUUACGGCUUUUUUUACAUGGCUAAGAGAAGCAGAGGAGGAAUCGGAAGAUAAUUAAAACAAAAAAGUCUUCGCCAAUCAAAGUGCACAAAGGCCAAUCAUCGCAACAAAUAUGCACGGAUAUACAGUCAGCGAUCAUGAUGAAAAUUAUGGUACACGCACGUAAAGAAAAGCCGCGGUGAUGUUAAAGAACCAUGGGUGGGAGCACUAAAAGAAAUGUAUUAUUUAUAGAAAAUAUUUUUGUUUUAAAUUUUACGCUUUUUUGUUAUUUUUAAAAGGACAUAUGGUUCCAUUUUUUCUGUGCAGCAAAAAAAAUAAAAAAAUUGAACACU